CUUAUUUUUAAGUUUAAAAACAUAAUUUUUAAAAUGUUUGUAUUGGUUUUCUGUGUUUUAUUAGCUCGAUUAUCAAUUGCUACAAGAUGCAAUACAACACAAGUAUGGACAGCCGACCACAUCAAUGUAUUUGUUUAUGACUUCGUUCCUCGCAUAUCAUGGGAAGCUAGGCUGAACCCAGCCUGUGAUGACGUCAGUAAGGGGAAUCUCCCUGCGUAUAACUUCACCGUGAACAUGCUGCAGUUGGACAAAGGCCGUGAGCUGACUGAUCAACACACGUGGGUGGCAGUGGAUGGGUGCGAACACGUUAACGGUUUAAGCUGCGAAUUUCAAAUUUCUUUUCCAGAUUAUUCACUUGAUUAUACGCUGUGGGUGACGUCACAAGGAGUGAAUACACACGUCACAAAGGAUGACGUAGAAAGAUUACAACUUUUUGACGUCAUGCCUGGAGACAACCUGAUGUUCAGUCCUCCACAAUUCAAUGUAAGCAGAGAAUCAAACAUCGCGUAUCUUUCAUUUAUGGUCCCAAUGGUCCCGUGGUCGAACAACUAUACAAUAUCUGACUUUGGUUUCGACGAAGGAUUCGAACUUGAAUACUUUGUUCAAUAUUAUGGAUUGUCGAAUGAUGGGAAAUCAAUUAUGGUAGCAAAACAACACAAGCGCAUAUUCGCUGAAUCUGGCAAUGAAACAAUAAUAACAUCAGUAACAGAUGACAUGUACUUAUGCGUUGCUAUUCAAUACCGUUGUAAUGAAUGGCUGGAAAAUAUUACAAGUAAUUUCGCAGAGCGCUGUAUUCCACCGCUGAAAACUUCCAACAGAAAUUCGGGAUCCAGUAUUCAAAUUGUUUGGCUCGUCUUUUCCGGAGUGUUCUUCAUUAUAACGGUCUUGAUCGUUGUAUGUUUAUGUCGGAAAAAUAAAAGCGCUCUCUUUGAAUGGAUGUUCAAUAUAAAACACAUUAACAUUAACCCCAGCUUAUUUACAGAGCAAGUAGAUCAAUGGAAGGAACAAGAACUCCAGGAGUUUGAUAAACACAACACAGAAGUUGCUGACGUAUUUAUUCCUGGGGUUUACUUCGAAGAACAUGACGAUCAACGGAAGAUGGUGAUAAAGUCACCAUCUCAAAGAAGAGAAAAUAUCUACCAAGAUGAUAAAAAAUUUCCCUCGAAAGUUUUACCGUUUCCCGACCGGGAGUGCCUCCCGUACCUCAAGAAAUAUAGCCCUGUGGGUCAUCGUUUUGAACAUUCCAGUUGCUCAGAGGAUGAGGAGGUUAGCUCAUUUUUUUCUUUAACAAAUGCAUCUCGUCUGAGAUUGCCAGAAUCCUUCGGUCCUCAUCAUCAGAUGUUGGAAUCUUAUUCCCCAACAACCACAUAUGUCGCCAUAAAAAGUUCUAAUACAACAGAAGGAUUACCUUCACUUGUUGCCGCCUACGAGAAUUCUGAAGCCCGUUUGCUUUUAGACGCUGCUCCUUACGGCAACGAUACACGCGAAAAAUAAAAAAAGCAUUUUGUUUGUGUUUAUGAUAAAGUGUUCAAGCUUCUUAAACGUUUCUUAUGUCAUUUUAAUCGUUGUAAUCAAGAGUAAAAAGUCAAAACUUCCGAA